AUGUGUUGUGGAGAGGACUGUGGAGGACCAGAACCAGCCAGGAACUCAUAUCCACUUUUACAACCAGAGACUGAAGACAAGGCUUCAGACUCUUCAGAGACUGACGUCAGUGAUGGUGAUUGGGAGGAGAGCAGAGAACCUCAGUCAACUUUAAACUAUUGGAAGAAUAAACAAGUCACUGUUGGGGAUAUUAACUGUAAAUCUGUUGGGGAAUCCUUCAGCUGCUCGGAGUGUGACAAAGGAUUUGGUACAAAGGGAAGUCUGAAGAGACACAUGAUGACUCACACAGGAGAGAGACCUUUCAUCUGCUCCGAGUGUGGGAAAAGUUUUACAGAAAGUGGAACAUUACAGGCACACAUGAGAACUCACACAGGAGAGAAGCCUUUUAGCUGCUCAGUCUGUAAGACAUCUUUUAGAGAGCGUGGAAAUUUACGGGCACACAUGAGAAUUCACACGGGAGAGAAACCUUUCAGCUGCUCCGACUGUGGGAAAAUAUUUGGCCGCACAUCACUUCUGAAGAGACACAUGCAAACUCAUACAGGAGUAAAACCUUUCAGCUGCUCAGUCUGUAAGAAAUCUUUUACACAGAGGGAAAACUUACAGAUACAUAUGACUAUCCACACAGGACAGAGGCCAUUUAGCUGCACAUUCUGUGAGAGAGGUUUCACAGCGAGAGGAAGUUUGGAGAAACACAUGAGAAUCCACACAGGAGAGAGGCCAUUUACCUGCUCCGUCUGUAAGAAAGGUUUUAGAGAUAGAGGAAGUUUAAAUAGACACAUGAGAGUCCACAACUGAGAGGAACUAGUGUUUUCAUCACUUCAGCUUUUGCUUAACUGCUCGAGAGCUCUCAAAAUAUGGUUGGAUCAGAAUUUUCUCUGUCUCAAUGCCAAUAAGACUGAAAUUGUUGUGUUCGGUGCUGAACAUUUUAGUGCUUGUGUAUAUGCUCUUGGUACUUGAGAAUCUGGGUGUGAUUUUUGACAGUGCUUUUAAAUUUGACAAACCGAUUAGUUCUGUUGUUAAAACCAGUUUCUUCCAGCUGAGACUUUUGGCUAAGGUCAAGCCCUACCUGCUACACAAAGACUUCGAAAGAGUCAUACGUGCAUUUAUUACGUCCUGUUUAGACUACUGUAACUCUUUGUAUGUUGGAUUGGAUCAGUCAUCCCUUCGUUGUUUAUAGUUAGUCCAGAACCAAGCAGCUCGACUUUUAACCGGGACCAAAAAGCGUGACCACAUUACGCCAGUUUUGGCCACACUCCACUGGCUUCCUGUCCUUUUCAGGAUUGAUUUUAAAAUUGUAUUGCUUGUUUUUAAGAUUUUAAAUGGCUUGUCGCCUUCUUCUUUAUCAGCGCUUUUACAUGUCCACACACCUGUCAAAGCACUCAGGUCUUCCAAUCCGAUGCUCCUCGAUGUGCCCAGAUCCAGGUUACAAAAUAAAGGUGGCAGAGCCUUUGCAGUGGCUGCUCCGAACCUCUGAAAUAGUCUACAUAUUCACAUAAGAAAAGCCCAGACCCACUACUAUUCUUUAGCUUUCAAUUCAAAUUGAGCUUUGACACCUUGUCCUUUUUUUUUCUUUGUCUUUUUUUUUUCCUUACUGUUGGUUAUUUUGUAUUGUAUAUUAUUUGUGUAUAUUAUCAUUUUGGGGUUUUCAUCUCUAUAUAUUAACAUCUCUUAUGGCCUCUGUCCAGGGACUACAGACGAAGAUUAGCUUUUAGCUACAUUUGGUACGAUAUAUGUGUUGUGCAUUGUCCCUGCUUGAUAAAAAAUAAAUGAAUAUGAAUG